AUGUGCAAUCUCCACACCGAGGGAUACAAGUACGGGUGCGGGCACUACAUCAUUGAGAACAAGAAAGCCAAAGUCGACUGUGGUAGCCCCUGGUGCGUCCACUCAAGAAAGCACCGCACUCCGUGCCACAACUGCGCGUGCGAGAAAUACUACGGGCCUGAUGCAUCAGAAACCGUCCUCGGUCUGCGGCCUGGCUUCUGUCCCGAGUGCAAGCCGUGGUACAAGAACCAGAAUGGCGGCCGGUAG